AUGGAAAGCUUUUCGGUGCUUUCGAGAUGGGCAAGCCCCUGCUGUUUGUAGCGGACCCGAAGUUGGUGAAGCAGGUGCUAGUCGAUGACUUCUCAUCCCUGUCUAACCGAAGGACGAUCAAUAUGAAUGAACCGCUCCUGGACACUAUGAUGAGCAUGGCUGCAGUGGAGGUGUGGCGAGAUGUUCGCUUGGGUUCGGCACCGGCGUUCUCGGCUAAAGUGCUGCGAAAAAUGAAUGUCUUGAUGGAGGAUUGCGCUUUAACGACAGCGGAGCACCUUAAGAAAGCAGCAUCUAAAGAAGAGGACAUCGAUGUCAAACCGCUCUUCUGGGACUACGCGCUGGACCUGAUCGCGAAGUGCGCCUUCUCCAUGAAGCUGGAUUCUCAUUCGGACCCAACGAACGAGUUUAUCACCCGGUCGAAGGAAGUCCUUACUCAACGCUUCACCCCACGCUUGUUUUUAAUGAGUGAGUCGAAAUUGCGUGCAGAAGGCGUCCCUGUAUUGCACGUCAAAGAAACAUGCAAGGAAAGCACGUCUGCAUCGCCGUCCGCAGCACUAUUGGAGCGCUACGCGGAGCUGUUCACCGACGGAACUGGACUGCUGAGAGGCCCUCCGGCCCGACUACACGUCAAAGAAGGAGCAAACCCCAAGUUUUACAAGGCGCCGGAACCAGCAGUUGAAGAAUGCGAUGACAUGGUGCUCGCCAUCGACGGAUGGGACCAUCCCGCGGUGUCACGCCAGGAGUUGAAAGCACUGACAGCAGCAGACGAGAUGUUAUCAAGUGUUUGCCGGUUGCGGCUCCUGCUCAUCUUGGCUCACAGACACAGUGUCAUCCCAGUGUAUGUUCAGCUUGAGCAACUUCAUGUGCGGACGGGAGAGUAG